CUAAGAAAUUCAGUUAAACCAGCGUCAAGUACUUUUAUCCUUGUCGCACUCUCCACUCUAUCUCCACCGCUAAUGUGGGCGGAGUUGUUGUUUACAGCUAACAGCUGACUUUGAAUCGCUUGCUUAACAGGACACAGGACCACGCACGAAGCAAGGUCCGCGUGUUAACGUGAACAAAGUUUUUUUCCAACCCAGGGAGAAUCUGUGCCUUGAAAAGUAUCACAGGACCCUUUUUUUGUAAAGAUUAUCUCGGUUAGGGUGUCAAUUUGAGGAGUCGAGAGAUGAAGCUGCGAGGCAAGGAAGGAAAAGCACCCAUUCAAAAGCCGCUGUGCAGACUGUGCGAGUGUCCGACGUCGGACGGGCACGUCCUCGCGUCGCAGGUGGACAGGUUCAAGCUGAGGAAAUGGGCCAUGGAGGUCAUGAACCUGACGGAAGAAGACGAAAACUUGCCGGAUGUGGUCGAAGAAGACGCUUUGAUCUGCUAUUUUUGCAUUUGGCAGGCCGAGUUUGGGGAUGAGUCUGGAGAUGAAUCUGUGGCUUGGUGGCCGAAAAAACUUGAUUUGGAAGAAAACGCUAGGGUGCUGCGGGAGAAUUAUUCAGUUGGUGAAGUAGAGCAGUGUUGGGUGCAGUUGGAAGAGGUUGAUCUGGCAAAAUAUACAAAGGAAUCCCCUAAGAAGAGAAAAUUCGACAUUGAUCUGGCCAAAUACGAAAAGGAAAUCCCUCUGAAGGGGAAAUACGGCAGUGGAGUGUGUUCUUACUGUGGCAAGAGAUGCAACGAUCUGAGACAGCACGUCAGAGGGCAUCACAAAGAAGCAAUCAAAUGUGGAAUUCGGGGCUUCAUGACUUUCUUUCACACCGAGGAGGAAAAAGAGCAGCACAUGCAAGAGGAUCUUCACUCGAUACACAAAAACCCACGCAGGGAAAUAUGUUGUGAAUAUUGUGAAAAGGUCAAUAUUUUUUCCUCACUCAAAUCUUGGAGGAUGCACAUGAAUCGCAAGCAUCCGGAACUGGUGGCGUGCACGCAUCGUGGUUGCAAAGAGUUCUUCAAAUCUAAGUCUGAAAUGAUUCUCCAUAUCAACUCGCACAAACAAGCCAUAAAUAAAAAUCUUUACCUAUGCAAGCAUUGCGAGUAUUUCGCCACAAGGAAGAACAGGUUGAGACAACAUGAAGAGGCGAAGCAUAUGCCAAAGAUCUUCAAAUGCGACAGUUGCGGCGCCAGUUUUGGCUCGAAAUUGAUGGUGAAAAGACAUUUCAAACAAUGUAACAUUCUCGACAAGUGCAAAUCUUGCAGCAAGGACGUGGCUCUCAAAUACAAAGCACGCCACAGAAAGUCAUCAGUUUGCUCGAAGUGCAAACUCAGUUUCGAGUGCGCGGGUUUGUACCAAUUGCAUCGGGAAAAAUGCAAACAACCCCUCUUUAGUUGCGAAGAGUGUGGAAAAUCAUUCAACGAGCGUUGGAAGUUGAAUCGUCAUGUGAGACAAUUUCACACCAAAUCUGCGACCUUUCGCUGCGACCAUUGCGACUAUUCUGCAUUUUAUAAGGCAUACAUGGCGGACCACAUCCAAUGGAAUCAUUUUCCAAAGACGAUUAGGUGUGAAGAGUGCAACACAUUUUAUGCUUCUGAACGAAUUUUAAAAAUACACAAGCGCAGGUGGCACGAAUACAUUCGGUGCGCAGAAUGUGGUCAGGAGGAGCGCCGUCACAACAUGACGAGACACCGGCGCGUCAAGACUUGCCGCCACUGCAAAUGCAAGUUGAAGUGCUCAGGACUCCUUCAAAAGCACAUUAAUAAGUGCUAUGUGCACGCAAAUCGUAAUAAUUUCUAUUGUGACAAGUGCCCGAGAAUAUUUUGCCACAAGAGACAAUUGUUUUCUCAUUUUGUCAGGAUGCAUAAUGAUGUAUAAAUAAAAUGAAUACUGGCACUC